AUGAUGUUUUUCAGCGAUCCUCCCGCACCAUCUGCAGCUCGGCCGGAUCUUGCAUCGGAGCGUCUCCGGACGGAAGGCCACCGUGGCCUUGAAAAUGAGACCGGUGCCAACCACUGCUUUCUGAAUGUUGUGAUCCAAGCACUCUGGAAUUUGCAAUCCUUCCGUAGGCGCUUACUGCGUGCACCAUGGCAUCAGCAUGAAGCCCAUGAAGUGGAUGGAAAGUACGAGCAAGGCAUCAGUAGCUCCUCUAGCAGCUGCUGUUACUGUGCCCUUAAAUCUGUCUUCAAGGAUUUUGCCAGCUCGGACGCCGACACCAUUCCUCCAGACGCUUUGCGUCAGGCUCUGUCGAGUGUGUACGAUGCGAAAGGCCGCUUCAAGACCGGGGAGAUGGAAGAUGCCACCGAAACCAUUGAAGCAAUCUUGGGCAUUCUGCACGCUGCCAAUGUCGAACCACUCUUGAUUCCGCGUGGCAUCGACCAAGGCUCCGGAAAGGGUGGCUCUGGCCGUCUUGAGUCGGCGGAGCUGGUGGAAGAGGCCUCGGAUUUUGGGUGCCAUCCUCUUUGUUUGGCCCAUGAGGUCUUUGGUCUGGAAUACGUCGACUUUGCGCGGUGCAGCUUCUGUGGCGCCACAGGCGAACCCUCCGCGGCAGCGUCCUAUGUCUACAACGCUUAUGUGACGGAACUGGAGAGGCCCAGUGAUCCGUCGACUGGGAGCUUGUUGGACAUGCUGCGGGCUCCACGGCGACCCUUCUCGGAGGUUCUACGACAGCUUUGCCAGACGGAGGAGGGGAAGAACUGCUGUGAGUGCAACUCCCGAAAAACAAUGAAAACAGAGCGCUGGCUCACGCGGCGUCCCAAGACGUUCAUUUUGUCCCUGGUAUGGCCCAGCUCCAGCCCCAGUCGAGACCUUCUUUGGCUGAUUCUCUCCAUGAUCCAACCCACCCUCCGCAUGGAAGAGAUCUUCCAGAUUGCCAGUAGCAACUCUUGCACCUCUUCCACCACGGAGGCUUCGCCAGCUUCUGCUUCUGCGGAGCGCAGCGCUGAGCGUAGCACUUCGCUGUACAGCUUUCAUGGCAUGAUUUGCUACUGUGGGAUGCACUACGUUGCAGUCUUCUGGUGCCCUGCUCGAAGGCGCUGGAUCUUUUCGAUGAUACCUGUGUUAAAGAGAAGGCAGAUUGGAGCGCCGUGGCCAAUCUCAUGA